CCAGAAACUAAGCUCCGCCGUUGUCAUUUUGAGACAGGCUGCUUUAUCAAAAUGAAGUUCCCGUGGCAUCGAGGUGGCAUGAGGCCUAAAGAACCCCUGUCCACCUUGGACUCACUGCCAAUAAAUAACUACACGCAUUUCUUAGAAAUACCUUUAAAGAUAGUAGGCUGCUGGGACUGGUACGACCACCCAAAAUCCGUAAAAGAAAUCAUUGUCAACAACGUGUAUUUCUGCAUGGUUCUUUUCGUUCUUAUCAAUGUCCCGGCAACUUUGUAUAUUCAUUUGUAUACAGAGUGGUUAGACGUCAUGACCAGCCUGGACAAACUGGCUGACUGCCUUCCUUUUGUGGUCUCGAUUAUCAUUGUUGUAUACUUCGGGCUGUAUAGAAAGGAGUUGUACGAAUUGACGAAGUUUAUGCAGCGUAAGUUCCACUAUCGUUCGGCGAACGGAUUGACGAACAUGACGAUGCUGAACAGCUACAAGACCGCGAGAAAUUUUGGGUACUUUUAUACAGCUUGCACCAUGUUCAGUGUGUCUAUGUAUAUGAUACCGGAGAUUGUGAACCGGUUGAAAAGACAGCCUCUGCAGAGCUACAUGUACAUGGACGUGACGAGGUCUCCGUUCUUCGAGUUCACUCUCUUGCGGCAGUGUGUGGCGCAGGCGUUCGUUGGACUGGCCAUGGGACAGUUUGGAGUAUUCUUCGCGUCCAACGCGAUUCUUCUGUGCGGUCAGCUGGACCUGUUAUGCUGUAGCCUACGCAACGCGCGCUACACCGCACUCUUGCGAUGCGGCGUGUCGCACCGCAGCGUGGCGGCCGCGCACAGCGACAUACAGGGCGACGAGCUGUAUAACUACAUCUACAAUAUUGCUGAGAUGAGGCAGUCGAUAUACCAUUAUGAUCAGAGGAUGAGCUACGAGAUAAUGAAUAAACGGUCAUCUUUUGACAUCUACAGCAGCGAGUUCGACGCGGCGACGUGCGAGGCGUUGCGUGAUUGCGCACGCGCCUGUGACGUCAUUAACACGUUCAAAGCCAAGUUCGAGAGCUUCGUGUCGCCGCUGCUAGCGCUUAGAGUGGUGCAGGUCACUAUGUACCUCUGCAUGCUGCUGUAUGCUGCGACCCUGAAAUUAGACAUGGUGACGGUGGAGUAUUUGGUGGCUGUUGCGCUGGACAUCUUCGUGUACUGCUUCUAUGGCAACCAAAUUAUUAUACAGGCGGACCGCGUAUCCACCGCAGCGUACCAGAGCGCGUGGCCGACCAUGGGCGUGCGCCCGCGCCGCCUGUUGCUCAACAUUCUCCUCGCUAACAAACGCCCAGUGGUUGUUCGUGCGGGGAACUUCUUGUCUAUGGAUCUCCACACUUUUGUCGUGAUAAUCAAGACAUCUUUCUCUUACUACACUUUAUUAGUAAACGUAAAUGAAAAAUAAUAUUACUCAUUGCAUUUACUUUAAAAGGGCUUUGUAUUUAGACGCUUAUUUAG